CCGGGCUUCCAUAUAAAGUAGGGGCCCUAGUGGAGGCCGCAGCAGUAGCACCAGCGGCUGCGGCGGCGGAGCUCCUCCGAGGUCCGGGUCACCAGUCUCUGCUCUUCCCAGCCUCUCCGGCGCGCUCCAAGGGCUUCCCGUCGGGACCAUGCGCGGCCGCAAGCUCCCGCUGGUCCUGCUGGCGCUGGUCCUCUGCCAGGCGCCCCGGGGGCAAGCGGUCCCGCUGCCUGCGGGCGGAGGGACCGUGCUGACCAAGAUGUACCCGCGCGGCAACCACUGGGCGGUGGGGCACUUAAUGGGGAAAAAGAGCACAGGGGAGUCUUCUUCUGUUUCUGAGAGAGGGAGCCUGAAGCAGCAGCUGAGAGAAUACAUCAGGUGGGAAGAAGCUGCAAGGAAUUUGCUGGGUCUCAUAGAAGCAAAGGAGAACAGAAACCACCAGCCACCUCAACCCAAGGCCCUGGGCAAUCAGCAGCCUUCGUGGGAUUCAGGGGAUAGCAGCAACUUCAAAGAUGUAGGUUCAAAAGGCAAAGUUGGUAGACUCUCUGCUCCAGGUUCUCAGCGUGAAGGAAGGAACCCCCCAGCUGAACCAGCAAUGACAAUGAUGGCCUCUCUCAAAGGAGAAAAACAAAACCCCUAAGAGACUGCGUUCUGCAAGCAUCAGUUCUACGGAUCAUCAACAAGAUUUCCUUGUGCAAAAUAUUUGACUAUUCUUGUAUCUUUCAUCCUUGACUAAAUUCGUGAUUUUCAAGCAGCAUCUUCUGGUUUAAACUUGUUUGCUGUGAACAAUUGUCGAAAAGAGUCUUCCAAUUAAUGCUUUUUACAUCUAGGCUACCUGUUGGUUAGAUUCAAGGCCCCGAGCUCUUACCAUUCACAAUAAAAGCUUAAACGCAUUGUCCAAA